AUGGCCUGAUGACGUCAACUGGCACGCUAACCUCGUAGUACUUUAGCUGAAGGCGGGGGUUUUUAGUUUUUUCCCUCUACGUCAGAGCAGACUGUGCGUGGUUGUUUCUACGCGGCGGAGGCUGCUGUUGCUGCGUGUGUGAGCGGGAACAGGUAAGGUACUUGAACGAACAGGUAAUUGGACGUUUCUCAUUCAGAUCCUUUGUUUCCAGCCUCACGUGCUCCUUAUUAGUUUUGGAUUCAGACACAAUCUUCUCUUCGACACAAGUCGUUUUCGCAUCCAUCCUUAAGCCGAGAUUUAAGAGAGAUGACUUCCCAUCACAGACAUGACUCUUCAGGAAUGGGUCUUCUCUCAGCCAAUCCGUCCUUAAACCUACCGUCCAGUCUUGGACGGAUGAGCCAAGGUUCAGGUCGCCGUUCCGCCUUUAAGUUUAGUCAUCAAGGCUCUCGUGGCAUGCGGCCUUCCAACUCUUCUCGAGGCUUGCCGCCUAUAUUUGGCCAUGGUAACAGACCUGCUCCCCCUUCAUCUUCUCAGCCCAGGGUCGACACUGAUGAGACCAGUAAGGUUUUGGCCAGCUUUGGUUUUUCCCCCAGGGAUUUGGAUGAAUGGGGUCUCUACCCUGUGGAAAAGAUCACUCCUAAAAAUUUGCCGCAGAUCAUUCUGGAUCUUAAGAGGAGGAGGUCAGAAAAUAUGGCGCUACAAAAUUUGAGAGAGGGGCCUUCUCGCGAGCCAUUGAGAGUUUCUAGUGAUGACACAAGACCCUUCAGAAGAGAUCAUUUUAAUGAUCGCUCAUCAGGUCUUGACACUGUGGUAGACUACGGCCGUGGGAGCCGUUCUGAAGAUCAUGAUUAUCGCGAUAGACUCGCGUUUGAGGGCCGGUUAAGAGAACGGGAGAGGCUUAGAGAAGAGCGUUUCCGACCUGAUGCGUCUUAUCAUAAGGUUGAUAAUGUCUAUAAACGCAUGGGCUUCAGCCGGUCGCAAGAAAGAUCUAUGUAUGGAAAGACCAGAGGAAUGCCUUCAAAUAGAAAUAUUGAUGAUUUCCAUGGAGUGCCACCCAAAGGCUUUCCUUAUCUCUGUUCUCUCUGUGAUAAAAAAAUUACUUCGCAGCAGAUUUGGAAUGACCAUGUUCAGGGUCGGGCACAUUGUAACCAACAACUCCAGCUGAUUGAAAUAUAUCCAGAAUGGACUGGACAUGGACUGGGCGGUUCCCAUACACCGCAGCAGCCGAAAAAUGCGGCAGCAGGGAUGCAUAUGGGAGGUGGUCCCAAACGUCGAAGCGGAGGUCACGUGGGUUACUUAGGUGCAGGAACUGGAGUUAAGCCUGGACCAACUCGCAUACAAAAGGGAAAGUUUCCAGACCAUCUGAAGCAGCUACGGAAAGAGUAUAACAGAAAGCGACUUCGCUCACCAGACAGCAAGAAUGUUGCUAAACAGAAGCAGAGGAAGUUGGAGAGCAGCCAGGAAGGUGAAAACAGCGAAGGAGAAAAUAAAUCUUCUCAAAUGGUCACCACAGAGGAGGCUGAAGUAACAGACAACAUAAAGAAGAAAACAGAUGGGAAGGUUAACUACAAACCUAAACCAGGGUUUGGUCGUAUUCUGCAUCUCAGCAACUUGCCCAAAUCUGGCUAUACUGACGCUGCAUUCAUAAAGCUGGCCAAACCAUAUGGAAAAGUGAUAACGUAUAUGUUAAAGAGAGUGAAGCACCAGGGUUAUAUUGAAAUGGUGAAGCCGGAAUACGCUAAUGCCAUGGUACAAAGCUGUGCUGAGAAACCUUUAUGGUUUCACGGAAAGAGAUUGAAAGUAGAGAUCUGUAAACAAUAUGAGAAGCUUGUUCUAAGAAAGAAUCUGCAGCAGCUACGGAAAGAAUAUAACAGAAUGCAACCUCACUCACCAGACGGCAAGAAUGGUGCUAAACAGAAGCCGAGGAAGAAGAUGGCCAACCACCAUCCUGGAGAUAUUGAGGACUUUGUUACUGUUGAUGACUGUGGCGAUGAAGAGGCAGAGCAAGAAAACGAAGCUGUCGCACAACAGGAAUCGGAAAGCGCCGACUCUCCUAUGACUCCAGAAAGUGCAGCUGAAACAGAGUGCCCCAAAGAUCUUGGUCCCUUUAAACCCAAUAAUCCUGUUGGAGUGGACUAUGUGGUUCCCGCCUUCUAUUGCACGCUCUGUUCCUUCUACACGUGUGAAGAUGUGACAAAAGUUACACAUUGCAGCAAGUUGUCGCACUAUAACAAACUGAAGAAAGCGAUGAACAAGAUGUCAAAGGUUCCAGAGAAGCAAAACGAACCUGUUUAAAGAAUGUUUUUGUUUUAUCUUUUUAUUUUGCAGCAUACGAGACUACUAAAUGUUACUAGUUUAUUGCAGUUAAAGUAUAAAGUAUGUUUUUAUUCUUUUUUGUUUUGUUAUAAAAAAACAAUUGAACAGUUUUAAUGUUUUCAAAUAAAUUCUACAAGUUCCUCAUUUGUUACAUUAAAGCCAAGGUCUGAUUCUCAAACGUACCAAUCAUCUUCUCCUGUGAUGUUCAACUUUUGUUUCUGCUUCAAGUACACUGGGGUAUAGAUGUGUGAUGAGUGGAGCCUGGAACUUAAAAUUUCUUUAGAAUUUAAGUUGGUUUUUCCUCCUCUACAGAAACCAAGAGCUUUGGUACUGCACUUUUAAAACCAAGAGCAUAUAAUGGCGGAAUGGACAUUCACUUUUGUAGUUGGUAUAUUUUAAUUACUAUAAUUUAAAAAGUCAAAAUUGCAAUAUAAAGAACAUGUAUGCAAUAAAACAAAUUCUUGCA